AUGUUGCUCUCACCAGCAGCUGAGCGAAGUCAGGGCAGUUUGCUGUCAGUACUUUGGGAGAUACUGAAGGAUCAGUCUCAUCAAGAGCUAUUUGGCCUUAAGCUGGGAUCCGGCACAGGGCAGCAUGUGGUGCAUUUUGCUCAAGAAAUGCCAUUUGUGACAUGGCUACCUUCAGACAUCAAGGAAGAAUCACAAAACAGUAUCAGAGCUUACAUUGAGGCCAUGAAAGCAAAAACAGUGCUAGAGCCAGUGCAUCUGGAUGCCGGUGAACCCUGGGACAAAUGGGCAGGACUUCCACAAAACUCCUGUGAUAUUAUAAUAGCAAUAAACCUGCUUCAAUACAGCCCCUUCAGCACUGCAGAGGGUGUUUUUAAAGGAUCUGGGCAGAUACUGAAACAAAAUGGCCUUUUAAUGACUUACGGGCCGUAUGCCAUCAAUGGAACCAUCACCCCAAUCUGCAAUGAACAGCUGGACGAGAGACUACACCAGAUGAAUACUGAGUGGGGUCUACCGGACAUCGAUGUGCUCAGACAGCUGGCCUUCAGUAAUGGGAUGAGAAUGGAACGAAUGAUUGAGAUGCCUGAGAGUAACAAAUGCCUUGUCUUCAGAAAACUGUAGGAAUUCCAUCCAGAUCCAGAAGAUGCUGCUUCAUCUUCAAUAUUCACCUUCUGCUUGUGCUUUAAACACACAAACUGAACAGACUGACAUUGUUUUGUGCACAAACGUACAAUA